CAGUGACUGCAAUGGGUGGGUCUGGAUCAGGCUGAAGCCAGCGACCAGGAGCGCUAUCCAGCUCUCCCACGCGGGUGCAGGGGCCCAAGGACUUGGGCCACCACCCACUGCUUUUCCAGGCGCUUUAGCAGGGAGCUGGGUCAGAAGUGGAGCUGCCGGGGAUGCCAGCGUCACAGGAUGGCUUAACCUGCUACACCACAGUGCCAGCCCCUGGCCACCACACUGCAGGAGACAAACCCUGGGGUGUGUAUCCUGCACAUAGGGCUUUCGGGGCACAGCCAGGGCAGGACCCGGAACUGAGGUGACGUCCCAGCAGCCUCCACCUACUGGAGCAGGUCUCAGCCGGAUCCCACCCCUGCGAUGGGGACCUCCCAUAGGACUUGCCAAGGCAGCUCUGGGCCCUAACCGAGUCUGCCUGUCCCCAGAGCCUCCCACUUCUGAGGCCCUCAGGAGGACCCUGGGGUGAGUUUUCAGCCCAUAGGGGAAAGAGCUUCCCGAGCUGUGGCCAUCGCUCCGGUGCGGAGGUGCUGGGGUCCCGGUCCCUGGGAGCAUCCAAGCACGGAGGUUGGAGCUGAUGAACUCACAUCUCCCUUCAGACUUAACAAUGGCCUCUGAGGUGGCAGGGAUGAGUCAGGGCUGGGUGUCUGCGGGUGGGGGCCAGACCAGGACCAGCGGGACCCAGCGUGGAGGAAGGGGUGGGCCUGAGAUCCCUGUGCAGGAAGAAUGGACAGGAUGCGGUGACUCACGGGAGAGGGACUCACGCUUUGGGGGUAUGCCACCACGCCAACUGCCAGCAGCUGCACCUCGGGGGCCCCCUGAACCUCUGUGAGGCCUGUGACAGCACGUUCCACAGCACCAUGCAUUACGACGGGCAUGUCCGCUUCGACCUGCCCCCGCAGGGCUCUGUCCUGGCCCGGAAUGUGUCCACCCGGUCAUGCCCACCACGCACCAGCCCUGCAGUAGACUUGGAAGAGGAGGAGGAAGGCUCUGUGGAUGGCAAAGGGGACCGCAAGGGCACAGGCCUGAAGCUGUCCAAGAAGAAAGCAAGGAGGAGACACACAGAUGACCCCAGCAAGGAGUGCUUCACCCUCAAGUUUGACCUCAGCGUGGACGUGGAGACGGAGAUCGUCCCGGCCAUGAAGAAGAAGACGCUGGGGCACAUUAGCAGGGAGCUGGAUCGGAAGCAGAGCACCCGGGACUCGAACUGGCACCGGGAGGUCCUGCUGCCUGUUUUCGAAAGGAAGGGCAUCGCACUAGGCAAGGUGGACAUCUACCUGGACCAGUCCAACACACCGCUGUCCCUCACCUUCGAGGCCUACAGGUUUGGAGGACAUUACCUGCGGGUCAAAGCCAAGCCAGGGGACGAGGGGAAAGUGGAGCAGGGCAUGAAGGACCCCAAGUCCCUGAGUCUGCCCACCCUGCGGCCAGCCGGGGCUGGGCCUCCUGCACGGGACCGUGUGGACCCCCAGAGCCGCCGGGAGAGCGUGGACAUCUUGGCCCCCGGCCGCCGCCGGAAGAACAUGUCGGAAUUCCUGGGGGAGGCGAGCGUCCCCGGGCAGGAGCCCCCAACACCCUCCAGCUGCUCUCUGCCCAGCGGGGGCAGCACCAGCAGCGGGGGCAGCGACAGCUGGAAGAACCGGGCGGCCAGUCGCUUCAGCGGCUUCUUCAGCUCAGGCCCCAGCAGCAGCGCCUUCGGUCGGGAGGUGGACAAGAUGGAGCAGCUGGAGGGUAAGCUGCACGCCUACAGCCUCUUCGGGCUGCCCAGGCUGCCCCAGAGACUGCGCUUCGACCAUGACUCCUGGGAGGAGGAGGAGGAUGAAGACGAGGACGAGCAGGAGGGCAACGCCUGCCUGCAGCUGGAACACAGCUGGCGGGAACUCAUCGACGGGCACGAGAAGCUGACCCGGAGGCAGUGCCACCAGCAGGAGGCAGUGUGGGAGCUGCUGCACACGGAGGCCUCCUACAUCAGGAAGCUGCGGGUGAUCACAAACCUGUUCCUGUGCUGCCUCCUGAACCUGCAAGAGUCGGGGCUGCUGUGUGAGGUGGAGGCCGAGCGCCUGUUCAGCAACAUCCCCGAGAUCGCGCGGCUGCACGGCGGGCUGUGGAGCGGCGUGAUGGCGCCGGUGCUGGAGAAGGCGCGUCGCACGCGGGCGCCGCUGCUGCCCGGGGACUUCAUGAAAGGCUUCAAGUCGUUCGGCUCCCUGUUUAAGCCCUACAUCCGCUACUGCGUGGAGGAGGAGAGCUGCAUGGAGUACAUGCGCGGCCUGCUGCGGGACAGCGACCUCUUCCGGGCCUACGUCACGUGGGCCGAGAGGCACGAGCAGUGCCAGCGGCUGAAGCUGAGCGACAUGCUGGCCAAGCCGCACCAGCGGCUCACCAAGUACCCGCUGCUGCUCAAGUCGGUGCUGCGCAAGACGGACGAGCCGCGAGCCAAGGAGGCGCUGGCCACCAUGAUCGGCUCUGUGGAGCGCUUCAUCCACCACGUGAACACUUGCAUGCGGCAGCGCCAGGAGCGGCAGCGCCUGGCGGCCGUGGUGAGCCGCAUCGACGCCUACGAGGUGGUGGAAGGCAGCAACGAGGAGGUGGACAAGCUCCUGAAGGAAUUCCUGCACCUGGACCUGACCAUGCCCAUGGUGGGCACCUGCCCCGAGGAGACCCGGCAGCUGCUGCUGGAGGGCAGUCUGAGGAUGAAGGAGGGCAAGGACAGCAAGAUGGACGUCUACUGCUUCCUCUUCACGGAUCUGCUCCUGGUGACCAAGGCGGUGAAGAAGGCUGAGAGGACCAAGGUCAUCCGGCCACCGCUGCUGGUGGACAAGCUCGUGUGCCGGGAGCUGCGGGACCCUGGCGCCUUCCUUCUCAUCUACCUGAACGAGUUUCACAGUGCUGUGGCGGCCUACACGUUCCAAGCCAGUGGCCAGGCCCUGUGCCGGGGCUGGGUGGAUGCCAUCUGCAAUGCUCAGAACCAGCUGCAGCAGCUGCGCGCACAGGAACACCCAGGGGGCCACCUGCAGAGCCUGGAGGAGGAGGAGGAGGAGGAGAAGGAGGAGGGAGAGGAGGAGAGCGGCGCUUCGGCUGCCAGUUCCCCCACCAUCUUGCGCAGAAGCAGCAGCAGCCUCAACUCGCAGCACUGUGUCUCGGAUGGCUCCACGGAGACCCUGGCUGUAGUCGUGGUGGAGCCUGGGGAGACGCUGUCCUCCCCGGAGUCGGACGGCGGCCCCUUCAGCGCCCCGUCGGACGAGACCUCUCUCAGCACCACUGCCUCGUCCGUCACACCCACGAGCGAGCUGCUGCCCCUGGGCCCCGUGGACGGCCGCUCCUGCUCCAUGGACUCCGCCUACGGCACCCUCUCCCCAGCCUCCCUGCGGGAUUUUGUGACCCCAGCCCCUGUGGCAGAGCCAGUGCCCCAGCCCCCAGAGUUAGCACAAGCCCCUUCGCCCCUGCCCUCACCCCGCCUCCGCCGCCGCACCCCUGUCCAGCUGCUGCCCCGUCUGCCCCACCUUGUCAAGUCCAGGUCUGAGGCCAGUCUGCUGCAGCUGCUGUCAGGGGCUGCUGCCCGUGGGGCGCCCCCAGGCCCCAGCCGCAGCCUGUCGGAGCUCUGCCUAGCUGCCGCAGCACCUCGCACCAGGACUCAGGGCUCCCCGCGGGAAGCCGGGCCUGGCUGGGAUUGCCAAGGAGCACCUGGCCCUGGCAGUGGCUCCAAACCGCCGGAGCCCAAGGACAGAGACAGCUGGCGGGCUCGGGAGCCUGCGGGUUCUUCCGGGAAGAGCCACAGAGAACUGGCCUCGGGGGCCUCUCCCAGGGCCCAGCCCGAGCUCCCCGCAGGGAUCUCUGCCCAGCACAGGAAGCUGACCUUGGCCCAGCUCUACCGAAUCAGGACCACGCUGCUGCUGAACUCCACGCUCACUGCCUCGGAGGUCUGAGCGGAGGGAUUUCCCCAAGGGUGCCGUUGACCAGGGGCCAGCAGGCAGCCUGCCUCCUGGGGGGUGCUGGCACCUGCUUCAGCUGCACGUCGGGUGCGCGUGAGCCGGAGCGCCGGCAGGACCCCUGCCGCCACGCUGGGGCCCGAUUUGCACUUUGCCGGCCGGAUGGAGGAGACCCAGACUGCAGCGCCACUCUGCACUUCUCCCUGCCUCCGGCUUGGAUUCGGGCUGCCCUCCCCCCUCGGCCCGCCGCUGGCCCCCAGUGGGCGCUGCCCCUGCCCUCGGCUGCCUUCCCAGGCUCGGCCCUGGUUCUGUAAAGCUGCCUAUUUAUUGAGCUUUGGUUCUUUUAUAAAGACUUGUAUCUGCUCCGUG